GCAUUUUAAUUUGUUGUUUAUAGGUUCACUCAGAUUCUUUUAAGGAAAAAACAACUUAUUCCCAUAAUUCUUGUUCCAAGAAACUAAAUUCUCAUUCUCUCCUUCAACUCUCUGUCAGAUAUCAUUAUUCUCUUCAUCUCUACAAUAUAUUUAUUUAUAUCUAUAUACAUAUAUAUGUAUAUAUAUGUGCCACUUAAUUAGCUUAGAUUAAUUAGAAGCAAAAAUAAAUAGAGAAAUUAAAUAUGGCUGGUUUUAUCUUCUCCUCUUUUAUUAAUACUCAUAAUAAUAUUUUCAUAAUUAUUAGUAUUCUCUUCACCUAUUUUAUUUCUUUACAUGCAGGAAAUGUAGUGAAUUCAGCCACCGCCGCCGCCGCCAACAAUACUGCAGCGGCGGCUUCGAAUUCCAGCAGCAAGCACGGCCACCACAAAUGGGUGGGGCCCUCCGGCCACCUCCUCAUCACCGUCGACGUCGGCGGCUCCGGUGAUUUCCGGUCAGUUCAAGCGGCGGUCGACUCUGUCCCGGAGAAUAACCGCAAGAAUGUGCUUAUUCUUAUCGGUGCCGGUUAUUACAUAGAAAAAGUGGUGGUACCGGCGUGUAAACCGUACAUAACGUUCGAAGGAGCGGGUAGAGAGACGACGUUUAUAGAGUGGCACGAUAGGGCAAGUGACAAAGGACCCGACGGGCAGCAGCUUCGCACUUAUCACACCGCUUCGGUCUCCGUCUUUGCUCCUUACUUCUCUGCUAGAAAUAUCAGCUUCAAGAAUACGGCACCGGCACCAUUGCCCGGGAUGCAAGGGUGGCAGGCGGUGGCGUUUAGAAUAUCGGGCGAUAAGGCAUUUUUCUCCGGGUGUGGAUUUUACGGAGCGCAAGACACUCUUUGCGACGACGCGGGCCGCCACUACUUCAAGGAGUGUUACAUUGAAGGCUCUAUUGACUUCAUUUUUGGCAAUGGCAGAUCCAUGUAUAAAAAUUGUGAGCUCCACUCAAUAGCGACGAGAUUUGGGUCCAUAGCGGCCCAAAAUAGAAACUCACCAGACGAGAAAACCGGAUUCGCAUUUGUGAACUGCACGGUAACGGGUACGGGCCCACUUUAUGUGGGUCGGGCAAUGGGUCAAUACUCCCGGAUCGUAUUCUCGUACACAUACUUUGACGACGUCGUUGCUCACGGAGGAUGGGAUGAUUGGGACCACAUUAGCAACAAGAACAAGACAGCAUAUUUUGGAGUGUACAAGUGCUUCGGGCCGGGAGCAGCAAGAGUACGUGGGGUAUCGUGGGCCCGAGAGCUGGACUACGACUCGGCCCAUCCAUUUAUUGCCAAGAGUUUUGUUAAUGGAAGACACUGGAUUGCACCCUCAGAUGCUUAAUUUUUUUUUUAUUUUUUUUUAUAAAUAUAAUAUAUCUCAAUUCUUUUAUUAUUUUGCUGAUUAUGUACUAUAUUUCUAAAAGAAAAAAACAUUAUUCAAUUCAUUUAAUUUAUUCAAUUACAAUAAGGUUCUCAAAAUUGUGG